UACUCAGGCCAUGUCCUGGGACUCCCCAGCCCUGUGGGAGCUGGUGGAGGAGCAUGUUCCACUCCCGGAGCGGCCUGAAGUGAAGAGGAUUCUGGGGGAGGCAGCAGUGGACCUGAGCCUGGAGUUGCGAGAGGAGGUGGCGAUGCUAAAGGCACUGCUCCAAGAGUCUCGGUCUUCUCAAGCCUCGGGAUCCCACCCCAUGUCUGACUCUCCCUCCCUUCUUGCUCCACCACCCCUCCUGAGGGAUAUCAUGCGCCAAGAACUCCGACAGUUGCUUCAAGGCCUCCGCCUUAAGGCUGUCUGUGAGGGCAGGUGGGAGUCUCUGGCCUGGUCCCUUCAUGCACACGUUUUCAGGGACCAGACUCAGGUGUGGGCCCAGUAUAGUCCCAGGGUCCUUCGCUUUGCCUUGGAGGAGCCUGGGUGUGACUCAACACAACAGGAAGUAUCCCGGAUGAGAGCCAGCGAGCCCAGCUGUCACAGGGACCUCAGUGUCAUCAAGGACCAACUGAAUGUGUCUAACAUUGACCAGGUUGUCAGACACCUGAGGAGCCUCCUGGAGGAGGAGUGUCACAUGCUGCAGAAAGAGAUCUCUGACCUGCAGCACUGUCUGGAAACGGAGCAGAUGCAGGCUUGCCAGCCCUCCAAGGCCACCCUAGAGCCCACCCUGGCAGAGAUAAAGGAACAGAAGAAGGCCAUGGAACAGGAGCUACAGGUCUCUGUGGGGCCUUCCUGUGUCUCUGCGAAGCACAGGCAGAAGCCCUUGAGGUCCAUCCCAGGCUUCAGACCCUUUCCUUGUCUCCAUGGCUACAUGCCUACACCUCCUUCGGAGCGCUGCCCCCACCCUCAAGGUCAGGCAGUCACCCACCGCUGGAGAGGGCGGCAGCUUCGGUACAGCUAUUGGGAAGAGCCAGCUUCCACCUCAGUGUCCAGUGCGGCAUCCCAGGCUCCAACCUGAAGGGCUGGUCACAAAACAGGCUUCUGCUGUAACUCGCCCAUCUGCUGUUCCCUCCAGCUGCCAUAGCUCUACCAGCUUCUGCUUCGUUCUUGGAUGAGGUCACUCAGUCCCCUGCAGAGCUGCCUGUUAGUCUGGUCCCAGCCCCGCCCCUUCCCAGGUCACUAGUAUCUA